CCGAAGCGCUGUCGGGUCGACCUGGUUGUUGUCGUUCUUCUCCCUCUCCUUUUCUACCUUCUGACGCAGCUGUUAUAGCCGCGUUAUGAAUGCGUCAGCCACCGCGUAAGCAAUGGCCUGUUUCUCCUUCGGUGCGAGCUGUAUGAUCAUCGCCGCGAGAGUAUCGUCUGAUUUAUCGUAUAUAGGGUUUGGACCAUUACCAAACUCGCCGCCAUCUUCAUCGUUGUCUGUCUCGUCGCUGUCCAUCUCGUCGUCGUUGUCGGCCAGUCUGAUUGGUUGGCUUCCUCCAGGGGGGUGGGGCAGGCCCGCCCGCGCAGGAUUUUGCACCUCCGGCUGCGGUCUCUCACGCCAUUCCUGGAGCCAUCGCAGCUAAGCGCGGCAGGUCCCGCGAUGGGAAAACCAUGGUCGGGGAAUAAAGCUUUUCAAGCUCGAUCAAAUUAUGGUGUU